AUGCAGUUGGAGUAUUGCAGAGACAUCACUUACAGUUCUACCCAGCAGGUACAUGAUAGACCCCGGCCUGGUGAAGGCAACAGCGUGCAACUCACGAGCUGGGGUGGAGCCAAUGGAGGUCGUGCCAGUAUCGAAAGCUCAGGCUCAACAACGCUGGAUGGGGAGGACCAGCAAAGUGGUUUUGGUUGUACACAGAAGAUACAUCCAGAAAGUUGGAAGAUACCACUGUCCCCGAGAUUCAACACUGCAAUUUGGGCAUCUAUUGUGAUGUUAUCGGAGCAUAUGUACAGUCUUGUAGCUCUGGCCAACGAGGACAAGCUCUCAGAUCCAAUUGAAAUGAAGAUGGAGACAGUACAGGUCAACUCCCCUCUGCCCCUCUCGAGUACUUCAGUUUCCUUCUGGAGUAUUUGCAGCGGAGGGAUUUUAUGUUCAUUGACAUUCCAACACAAUCUCUUCUUUGUCUCUCUUUUGAGCAAACAAGGUUCUAAAGCGAUUGGUGGUGGCGGAUGUGGAUCAUUUCACCUAUAUUUAUGUCCUGCGUCACUACAUCGAAGAAGCAGAACAGGCAGAGGGCGUUGGCAGGGACGUACUAGGCGAUGUGGACAGCAUGGGGUUUCGUUUCGUCGUUGUCUUGUUGCUUCUUUCUGUCUAAUUGCUGCUCGACUGCAGCUGGACAGAACCCACAGGUAAUAAUCAGCUAAGUCUACUGGAAUCAUAUCUAAGGUCUCCUUUGUUAUUUCCCGAUCCUCUGCACACGACCUUGCAGCAAACGGUUCCUGUGUGGUAUUUAACGAGCUUGUGCAAGAGUCACAUUGGAGAAACUAAGUAGCUGGACAGAUAUACAGAACACUUGAACCUCAUUAGAGUACAGGAGUAUUGAAUUUCCUAGCAAGAUUUCAUCGUUGAUUUUCUACCUUGUUCACGUUCAUCCAUAGAGCAGAAGUAGUACGUACUGGAAGAGUUAGUGUUCCUUCUUAUCCGCACAGAUUGCCAUUUAGAUCAUCACAAUAAUGCAUAUGCGGCACAGAACAGAUUGCUUCAGUAUGGAUUUGUACUCACCUGCACAAGAGUACCUUCAAUUCUAAUUGAACCUUACUCUUCUGCAACAAUAUUUGUCAAUUUCAAUCAAAGCAAUAUUAUUUGAAUUUAAAUGAU